UGGCAGAUUUAUAGUUUUCCGCAUGGUUUCCCCUCACUGAGUGUGUCGUGAAGCCCCAAUGAUACGAUACGCUUCGUCUCAAAAAUGUAGAGCUAGAGGUCCGUGCGAUAGUGUCGUUAAUUUAGUCACGGGUCUUGGGUCGCGGAUCUGACGCAUUGUAUGGAUGCACGGUGCUAGGCGUGGUAUGCUUCAGAUGACAGCGACAUCAAGUGCGAGGAGUUAUGACGUGGGCUGUGUUCUUCAGCCAUUCAUAACGUAUUGGUCGUGUGAAUAAAACCGGACACCAGUCAUCAAAAUGAAUGUUCUUGAGCUGUACAGUGGCGUAGGUGGUAUGCACAUGGCUGCUGAAGAUUCUGGACUGCCUCUUCUUGUGGUAUCAGCUGUGGACAUCAAUACAGCAGCAAAUGGUGUCUACCGCUACAAUUUCCCAAAAACCCACCACUUGCAGAGAAACAUCCAGUCAUUUACAGCUGAUGAGAUGGAUAAAAUGGAGCUGGAUGUAAUCACAAUGAGUCCACCUUGUCAGCCUUUUUCUAGGCUCGGACGGCAGGCGGAUACGCGGGAUGCGCGCACCUCGUCCUUCCUGCACGUGCUGGACGUGUUGCCACGCAUGCGCCGUCCACCGCGCUACCUGCUGCUGGAGAACGUGCGCGGCUUCGAGCGCUCCGAAGCGCGGGCCGCGCUGCUGGACACGCUGCGGCGACUGGGCCUGCACUGGCGCGAGCUGCUGCUGUCACCUGCCCAGCUAGGCGUACCUAACUCGCGCACGCGCUACUACCUGCUGGCGCGCCGGCAGCCGUUCCCGUUCGAUUCGCCGGCGGACGGGGUGCUGUUGGACGUGCCGUACUGCGUCUGCGGCUGCGACGUGUCGGACGCUGAGACCUGCCGCCUUUGUGACAGACCGGUGCUGAAGCGGCUCUCUCGGUACAUGGCCGAGAAACGCAGCGGUGACAGCGACACGCCAGAAUGGGACAUGACGCCAACUCUGGGCCGCUUCUUGGCCGGCGCUGAACCCGAGGACGUCGCCCCGCUCCUGCUGCCCGACCGCCUGCUGACCCGUUACGCCGAGCUGCUGGACAUCGUGACGCCUGGCAGCCGCCGCUCGUGCUGCUUCACCAGCGGUUAUGGACAUCUAGUGGAGGGCGCCGGCUCUGUGCUGUUGCCCGGCGGCGCUGACGCGGAGGCCGCGCUCGGCGCCGCCUUCUCGUCGGCGCGGCUCCUCCCGGCCGGCGACGCGCGGCGCGCCGACUGCCUCCGGCCGCUUCAGCUACGCCGCUUCUCGCCGCGCGAGGUGGCGCGUCUCAUGUGCUUUCCGGCCGAGUUCGCCUUCCCGGCGGAGCUCGGCACGCGCCAGCGCUACCGGCUGACGGGGAACAGUGUCAACGUGCGUGUGGUGGCGGCGCUCAUGCAGCUGCUGCUGGCGGAGGAGGGUGGGAGUUAGCAGCGCGCCGCCUCGCUGCAACACGUGUCGGUGCGGUGACCGCGCGUUGCGCACGAAGAAGAGAGGGAGUGUGUUGGGUGCCGUUGGGUGCCCAAGGGCUGGUGCGCCACGUGGGGGUGGGUUGGAAAAAGGGUUCUGAGGUAUUGGAUGCGUUGGGGUGAUGUAUCUGUUACCCGGCCGCACGGCUGCAGCUCAUCCCGUCACGUGGUUGUGAAGCUGUGGAUAGUGUCGACAUUGGCAGGGGAAAUGUGACGCUCGAACCAUACUGAGGCGCCCGCUUCGGCUUGCAAUGUGCGAGUUAAGAGGAUGUUAAGAGGAUGUACUACCGGUGCUCCCGUGUUAGUUGUCCUUCAUGUGUCUAGCAGGAAAGAGCUCUCAAGCAGCAGCAAAUCGCCCGACGAGAUAUGACUCGCGGGACAGGGUCGGCGGAUGGUGUACGUUGCGAACCUGUUGCAACUAUUCUCGUGAGUAAUGGCCCACUGGGGCCUUAUUUGAGCCGAAUGUUUGCUUUUGUGAUCAAUACGGCUUAUAAAUGAACCGUGCCACGCGCUGAA